AUGAGUAAUCCAUCAAGAAUCAUGAGAAAAUCCAUCUUCACAUUCCUCCAAAACUUCCACCACCUCUCCACCAUCCCCACCCUCCUCCUCCUCCCCUUCGCCGCCCGCCUCCACUCAGUCCUCCUCACCACCGGCAUUCCCCCCCAAUCCAACCUCUUCACCACACUCAAUCUCAAACUCACCCAAACCAUACUCUCCUCCACUCUCUCCCUCCCCUUCUCCCUCUCCUCCCUCCUCCUCGCCAAGGCCGCCGUCGUCAGACUCCUCCACCACCACCACUACAAACACUCCCUCACCUCCACCCUCAGUCGCCUCAUCUUCACCCACAUAUGCAACUCGCUCCUCUUCCUCUCCGCCACCGCCGCCAUGCUAAGCCUCUCCUCUCCAAGAUUCCGGCUGCUUUUCUCGGCCGCCGGCGUUAUAGCCUAUUCGAUCGCCCUCGCCAGCGUCUACGCCAUCUUCGGCCUCACGCUGAUCAUCGCCGCCGCCGCGGAUGAUUCCGGCGGCGGCGGCGGCGACGGAUGGAUUAGCUCGAUUGUGGAAGCGCGCGUGCUUAUCCGCGGCCGGAGCUCCGCCGCGUUGUCACUGGCGGCGGCGAUGAAUGUGGCUCUUGCCGCAGUGGAAGCGCUAUUUCAGUACCGCGUGAUUAAUGCUUACGGCCGUGACGCUGCGGUGACUCCGGCGAUGGUUUUGGAGGCGGCGGUCGUCGCGUAUUUCUACGCGAUAGUUGUGAUUGUCGAUACCAUUGUUGGUUAUGUUUUCUUGAAAAGAUGCAGAGAAGAGCAGUGUGAUUUCUGCCAUCAACGGAUUGAGUUUUGCAAACAAGUAAAGGAAUUGGAUUUGGUGGUUUGA